AUGAAAUUACGAAUGGUGACGGCGAAGGAGAAUGAUGGGAAUAAAAAGAUGAUACGAGAAGCACAAGAAGUUGUACUGUUGAUGAAACAAAACUGUCGAGUAUCAAGGAAUAUUCGGGCAUUAUGGUUCUUUGAGCAUCUCAAUAGUAAUGUCUCACUGAGGCACACAUCAAACACCGAGGAUUUGAACAACGAUGAACUAGAGGUGGUUGGUAUGAUAGCGAAGGAUGGUCUGGAGAUAAGAGAGGGUGAAGAGUUGAAGGUGUGUUCGGACACGGUCGUCACCUACCUCUCGAAACUCUAUCGGUUUGUAUUCGUGCUCGACGUGAGUCCGUCUGUGGUCGUUGCGUAUAAUUUUCCUGGCACAAAACGACAAUUCUCAGCAGAACUCUAUGUGAGUGUGUGUGUAUAUAGUCCGUUCAUUUGCUUCGAUGGUGAUACGGUGAUAAUACAAGGAGUGCACAUAAAUGGUGAGAAUGUUGAGCGAGUAUUGCGUUUUAUUGAUGAGGAACUGAAGAGUUUCAUCAAUUCUUUAUGCAAUUCAAUGAGGAUACAUCUGAGGCGGUGGAAUCAUGAGAGGAGACGAGUUCGAAAGGAAGCAGACGAGCUGAUACCAGGCACAUUCUUCCGUCAACCAUCCAUAUAUCCGGAUGAUGAGAAACCCGAAACAAGUGCUGGUUCAUUGGAUCUUAAUGAACCUCGAAAAAUCUCGACAACAGCAAAGAAAACGUCGGAUGAGGGAUUCAUCCAACCAGAAUGGUCAUUGAUAUUUAUGCUCAGGAUGGGUCUUCUUGGAAUACAAAUGUUACCCGAAAAUACGCAGUCAAGUUGGUUACUCUCAUAUUGUUUAUUGUAA